CGCUCGCGACCAAUAUAGGGGGGAUCACCUGUCUCCUCCGCUCUCCGGGCAGGCAGCGCAGCACCGGCGGUCCCGGCAGUUGUAGUGUGAGGCCUGGCGCUCCGUGACAUGCCAGCAUCCGCUGCUGGGCACUGCUAGCACCCUCCGUGCCAAUGGGCAAUCUCCUGAAUGGGGUCAGCUUCAAAGAGCCCACCAGUGUGGAGGAGUGCGACUCUACGUGGGACUCGGACUCCGGGGGAGAAGACCUGCUGGGAGAGGAUGAGGAGGAAGCGGAGGGGGAAGACCAGCCCGGUGCUGAGGUGACGGCGGGCGACUGCCCGGAGCCCUCCAGCCAGAGUGACGGCACCGCCACUGAACUGAACAUCAAACCAAAGAGAAGCUUUUAUGCAGCAAGAGAUUUGUACAAGUAUCGACACCAAUAUCCACAGAAUCUUAAGGAUCUUCGCUCUCAAAAUGACUUGAGCAAUCUCAGGUUUUAUAUGAACAAGAUCCCGUUUAAGCCUGACGGUGUUUCUAUUGAAGACAUUUUAAAUAAAUGGAAAGGCGACUAUGACAAGUUGGAACAUAAUCACACUUAUAUACAGUGGCUUUUCCCUCUUCGAGAGCAAGGCUUAAAUUUUUAUGCUAAGGAGCUAACUUCAUUUGAAAUUGAGGAGUUUAAAAAAACAAAAGAAGCUACUAAAAGAUUCCUCCUGGCAUACAAAAUGAUGCUGGAUUUUUUUGGGUUAAAAUUUGCAGACAAGAGUGGAAAUGUUUCACGGGCUGCAAACUGGCAAGACAGAUUCCAGCACUUGAAUGAAUCUCAGCAUAACUAUUUAAGAAUUACCCGCAUAUUGAAAAGUCUUGGGGAACUUGGAUAUGAGAAUUUUAAGUCUCCUUUAGUGAAGGCUUUUCUUGAAGAGUCUGUUGUUAAGAACACUAUCCCAAACAUGAAGCAAAGUGCAUUAGAGUAUUUUGUGUACACUAUCAAGGAUAGAAGGGAAAGAAGAAAACUGUUACGUUUUGCUUCUCAUAAUUACCAACCCCCAGAGCAUUUUAUUUGGGGGCCACCGAAGAAGUUUAAGUCUGGACAAAACAAAGUUCUAAAAAAGACAUGUUUAAGCAGAUCUUUGAAGAAAAAUACACCUAAAUCUAAGGAUAUCAAGGUUGAAAAUAGUCUAGAGAGGCCACAAAGUACUUCAGUGAAUGACAAGGGAUUGGAAUCAGAACGAGCUGAUGAAGUGUACAGCCAGGUAGAGGAUGAUGUUGAUGAUGCUGGGAAUAAAUCUGAGAAGGAUGGCUCCAGCUCAGAACAUUGUCAGCAAGCACUGUUGGACCCCAUCAUAGAUUCCUCGAUUACAGCAGCCAUAGAAGCAGAAGGCGCAGAACACAACAAAGAAAAUAAUCUAGCCAGCAUCGUAAUAGUUGAUAGCAUUGAUGAGAGCAAUGCAGAUGGUUUGUGCAACCUAUCGCCUGGUACUUCAGCAACUGCUCAUGUCAUCGAACCCUCAGGAACAGAAACGGAAGCUGAACUGGAAGAUAAAGAAGGCAAACGGUGAAAAAAUCUGAAAUGUUAAAAUUACAGCACAUGUUCCUUUAUAAUGUAAGGUGUAAACAAUUCAGGCUGUUAGUUCACUGGCAGAAAUGUGACUUCAGUCCACAGAAUAACUGGUGCACUUUAAUAUGUAUGAAUAACGUUUGAAACUACUUCUAGAUUUUUUAUUAUCUAUUUUUACUAGAAUUAUGUAACUUGUUUAGUAGUGAUUUAUCAUACUCCAUAAUGUGUGGACACCUUUAACAGAAGUAAAGCCAUAUUGAACUAUGUGAUGUAGAAAAAUGUUAAUCAAAGGCAGUUGAUAUUCUGUCAAUACCAAGUUUUGUGAUCGUGUUUGUUAGUUUUAUACUUCAGAGACACAAUGAUCCAAAAAUAAUUAGCAGCCUGAAUACUUGGUACUUGCUAAUUAUCUUUCAUUAUCAUCAAGAGCCAUGUCAGUGACGUGACAACCUAAUGCUGGUGCAUUUUGGUAGUGAUAAUUUGUGAAAAAUGUUACUAAUCUGUGACUGAAACCUAGUUGUUACUUAGCUGUGACUAACAUUGACCGAAAAGGCUGAUUUCGGCCAGCCAAAGUUUGAACACUAGCUGCAU